GCCCUGCCCCAGCUGCAGCACCUCAUCAUCCACAACGUCCCUGCCUUUUCCGAUCGCCAUUUAUUGAACAUCUCCUCUCGGAGCCGCCUGAAGACGCUGAGCCUUUCUGGCACCUACCGCCUAACGGAUGUGGGGAUUCAGAAAGCGGCUCCGCACUUGGAGGAGCUGGAGAGCCUGGUGCUGCGCUGCUGCGUCAUUGGCGACUCCGCCAUGGAUUUUGUCGGCCGCCACAUGAAACAUCUCCGCUUCCUGGAGAUCAGUAACGCUUGCUCCCUGACGAACGCGGGCCUGGCUGCUUUAGCAACCCUGCGGUGUCUGGAGACGCUGUGCCUUGACUUCUGCCACAAGAUUUCCCCCGGUGCCGUCGUUGCUUUGUGCCAAGCCUUGCCCCAGCUGAGGAACCUCAAAUUAGGGGGCGCUCGCUUUGAAGACGAAGUGAUUGACAAAAUUCAGGCGAGUUUGCCCCGCUGUAGCUUUUCGCAUACUCCCUGACACGCAGCCUGGAGCAGCGGGGCUUUUCUCAUCCGUUGCUGCGCCUCAAGUGCUCCUUUUUGGGUAAAGUCUCCUUUCCAGGGAGCUGCUGUACGUAUUUUUGGGACAGGAUUUUUGUUGGGGCUAAACCGGUGAGUGUAUCCCAUAAAAUCAUCUGUCGGGAACUUGCUUUUGGUAGGAUCCCUCGCCUUUUCCCUGGAUCAGGGGAAUGGGAAAGCCAGGGGAGCGCCCAGCUGUUGGGGUUCGCUGACCAAAGACGGGUUGAGGUUACGAAUUUAACCCCUGCCUGCUCCUCUUCCCCCGCCGCUAAACAUCAGGCAGCGGCUUAACGAGCGCAGAAUUCACCGAGCAGAGCGAGGCGCCCUCCUACUGCUGCAAAAAAAACCC